AUGGCAGAGGAAUUGCAAAAAGCUCAUCUCUAUUAUGAUGAAAUUAAUAAAAUAAGAGUUAUCGAGAGUACAGUUCUUAAAGAAACAGAAGAUUUAAAGGAUACCUGCAAGGAUUAUGAUACAAAGGUACAGGAAUUUGGAAAAUUAAUUACUUCUCUACUUGACAUGUUGAAAGAUCUUGGGGACAAUGUAGAGAGGCAGAAAAUGGCAGCUAUAGGUGCUACAAACUUGUUAAAGUCCAUUGCAAAGGAUAGAGAAAGUGAACAAGCAAAGUUACAAGCUGAAAUUAACGACAAAUCUAUGAUACUAGAGCAGCUAGACAGUGAAUAUGAUGCAUUACAAAUUUUAGAAGCUACUCAAAUGGAGACCAUUGAGUAUUUAACCCAACUGAGA